UUUAAUUAGUGGGGUAUGUUAAUUCUAUAUUUUAAAAAUGUUUAUAAGCGACGUAAAUAAAAAAGAUGAAAUUAGAAGUAUAGCAAUUAAAAAUUUAAGAAAACUCAACGCUAAACCGAGAAUAAAGUAUUCCAGACCAACCGUACAGGUUUCAAAAGACAAACAAUUAUUUAAUGUAGCUCUCUCAAAGCUUGAAAAUGAGACUGUUACGCUCAGAAAUGGUCAACAAUUGGUUGUACCUAAACGACUGUAUGAAAUGUGUUCAUUUAUUUUAUCAAAAGUUGAGACUGAAGGUUUGUUUAGGAAAGAAGGCUCAAAGAAUCGCCAGAAUAAAAUAAAAGCUUCUUUAAACAGAGGAUACAUGUUAGGAUUAGAGCAUCAUGUGAUAGACGUUGCUGUUAUUUUAAAAUGUUUUUUAAGAGAACUACCUGAACCGUUAAUACCUUGUUCCUUUCAUGAGUUGUUCCUGAGAUGUUCAAUAAUAGAGAAGAAGGUUGAAGCUAUUUUAUUGGCUUGUCUCUUAAUUCCUACAGAACAUUUAAAUGUGCUAGCGUUUUUAAUGCAGUUUUUUAACGAGAUCACACUGCAUUCAGACAGUAAUAGGAUGGAUUCAUACAACUUAUCUCUUAUUAUAGCACCUAAUAUUUUUACGCUGACUGAAAAAAUAUCUCCAAAGAAUGAACUGGUGGUCAAGAAAAACAUUGAUAUUACACAAAUAAUGAUUGAUAAUGCAAAUAGUAUAGGACUAAUACCUGAUUCCAUUCUUGAACAAGUUGGGAAUUUAAGGCCAGGUGAAUUGGCUCUAGCUAGUCCUAAAGUAAAAAGAAGGAGAAGGAGUGGAUCACUUACUAGGAUUUUUAAUGGGUUCAAAAAGAUUGUUACUAACAAGUCUGAUGACAUACCUGGUGUUAACACAGUCACUCCCGAUCUACUUCUAACACCUUCCAUACGCAUGACUAAAAAUAGUUCCUAUGAAAACAAACCCACUAAACACAAGCCAGAGCCAGAACGUAACAAAAAGGCACUCUUGCAACGUAGAUGGUCCGCUAUUACGUCCGCGACCAAUCUCCGACGAAAAAAAAGGGAGUCUGUCUUGUACCAACCCCGAGAGGACAGCCUCAACUCCUCUCAAGAAGCGUACGUUCGUGUUCCAAAGGUUGAGUAUGAAGAGAUUAAAAACAGAGUAUCGGCUAUAGAGAAACGAUUGAGUUUUGAACUAGAAACAGUUACUUCUACCGUUGUUCGUCGGGAAGCUAAUAUUAUACAAGAUAUCCAAUCAGAAUACGAGAAAACCCUUGGCCAAGCUGAAGCGUUAAGUCCGGGAACUGACCAGCUGGCGAGAAGACUGAGCAAGGAGUUGAAAAUUAGAACUUCCGAACAGAAAAUUAUUCGGUCGCCUAGCGCUCGUAAAAUCGGUAAUAUACGUCGAAGAUCUCGCGAACUUGUCAGAAAUAACUCCCUUCAACAUGUCCAACAUGUACCUCGUAAAGUUACGGAAACUAAAUUGACUCGUAGCAUUUCUUCUCCACUGACUAAUAAGAAUUUUGUGAAUGUAACUGGCACUCCUUCUUUUAGCAGUACUUCCCAUAUAACGUUCAAGUCCAACACACAUAGCUUUAAUUCUGAGAAUAGUUUAGGAAAAUCUUCAUCUUCGGUUAAUAUUUCUGAUGACAAGAAUUUUUCGCGACACUCAUCUCUACGAAGGGAAAGGCGUAUCUUGAGACGAAGUAGCAAUGUAACUCCUAAAAGAACUUUAAUCAAAGAAAAAUACAAUCAGUUUUCAGAGGUUAAUAAAGAGAACCAUGUCAAGGAAAUGGGAGGUAACACUCCAGUUCCUCAUAUUAAAAGAACAUUACCAAUUAAAGGUACUCCUAAAAGAUUCUGUGCUACUCCUAAAGUAAAUGUAAGAAGUACUCCGCUACGAGUAUUGCCCAACGCGGAGUUUAAUUAUGUAAAUGUUUAACGAAUUUUUUAUUGAUAUGUGAAUAUUUU